AUGGAUACCUCCUCCACCCGGCUCCUCGACUACAGCCUGCAGUACCAGUGGUUCUCCGACUCGGACCUGUCCAGCAUCUCGUCCUCGGAGACUCUUUCCCCCGUGCACUCCAUGGACUCCAGCCUGUCUCCGUCCUACCUGCGGCCCCCGCAGUCCGUGGCCAAGACGAGCCUGGACUCCUCCUCGCCGUACUCCCCGCCGAGCCGUGGCCGGCGGGCGGGCCGGGCCCAGCGGAUCCGCAGCAAGCAGCGUGAGAGCGCCAGCGAGAAGGAGAAGCUGCGGAUGCGCGACCUGACCAAAGCGCUGCACCACCUGCGCUCGUACCUGCCGCCCUCGGUGGCGCCGGCCGGCCAGACCCUGACCAAGAUCGAGACGCUGCGUCUCACCAUCCGCUACAUCUCGCACCUGUCGGCCCAGCUGGGGCUCGGCCCGGAGGCCCCUGAGGCCCUGGAGGCCCCGGAGGGCCCCGAGCGCUGGGACACAGCGCUGUCGCCGCCGCCGGGCCGCAGGAGAACCUGA